AUGAUGGGGUGGGGGUUCCAGUUUGCUUCUGUUUCUUGCUUUUGGCUCCUGGAGGUGGUAGGACUACAAUGCACGGUUCCUUCAGGGCCCCUCCCUCGAGAGUUCCUCAUGGCAGGUGCCCAGAGGAGCGGGUCUGCCUGCCAGGGUGCCUCUCACUGCCCUUCCCUCCCACCAGCCCCCAUUUCCAAGUCAGCUUUCCUGCACGAAGAAAUCCUGGUAAAGGGGGCUCUUAUGGGUCAAGAGUUGAGGUGGGGGUGGGAGGUACCUGAACCAGAGUGGCUGCCCCCACAUGCGCAAGAGACUUUUCUCUGA